CUCAGUCGCAGCCAGACAUGUCCAGCCUCCAGGCACUGUGCUCCGGCCUGCCACUGCGGCCCCUCCCGGAAAACCGGGGCCGCUGGGCUGGGGUGCCCCACGCGCCAGUCAGGACCCCUGGCCUCAGCCCUGCAGAGGAGCGGCUGGCUCUGAGGAAUGCCCUGCGCUACUUCCCCCCGGAUGUCCAGGAGCUGCUGGCCCCUGAGUUUGCCCAGGAGCUGCGGCUGUAUGGGCAUAUCUACAUGUACCGGUUCUGCCCCGACAUUAAAAUGAGGGCCUACCCCAUCGAGCAGUACCCUUGCCAGACGACAGCAGCCGCAGCCAUCAUGCACAUGAUCAUGAACAACCUCGACCCUGCCGUGGCCCAGUUUCCCCAGGAGCUUGUGACCUACGGAGGAAAUGGGCAGGUGUUCAGCAACUGGGCUCAGUUCUGGCUGACGAUGUCCUACCUGUCACAGAUGACAGAGGAGCAGACACUGGUCAUGUAUAGUGGACACCCUCUGGGCCUCUUCCCAAGCAGCCCUGGGGCCCCCAGGCUGGUCAUCACCAAUGGGAUGGUCAUUCCCAACUACUCCUCCAGGGCAGAGUAUGAGAAGCUCUUUGCUAUGGGAGUUACCAUGUACGGCCAGAUGACGGCGGGCAGCUACUGCUACAUCGGUCCCCAAGGCAUCGUCCACGGCACAGUGCUCACCGUGUUGAAUGCCGGGCGCCGGUACCUGGGUGUUGAGGACCUGGCUGGGAAAGUCUUUGUCACCUCUGGGCUGGGCGGAAUGAGUGGCGCUCAGGCCAAAGCCGCAGUCAUCGUGGGGUGCAUCGGCGUGAUAGCGGAGGUGGAUAGAGCCGCCCUCAUGAAGCGCCACCAGCAAGGAUGGCUGAUGGAAGUGACCGACAGCUUGGACCACUGCAUUGACAGACUCAGGGAAGCAAGGAAGAGGAAGGAGGUCCUCAGCCUUGGUUACCAUGGCAAUGUGGUGGCUCUUUGGGAGCGCCUGGUCCAUGAAUUGGACACGACGGGGGAGCUCUUGGUGGACCUGGGCUCAGACCAGACGUCCUGCCACAACCCGUUCAACGGCGGUUACUACCCCGUGCAGCUGGGCUUCGCAGAGGCCCAGAGCCUCAUGGCCUCUGACCCUGCUGCAUUCAGGAGCCUGGUCCAGGAAAGCCUGAGGAGGCAGGUCUCCGCCAUCAACAGACUGGCCAGGGAGAACUUCUUCUUCUGGGACUACGGCAACGCCUUCCUCCUGGAGGCCCAGAGAGCAGGAGCAGAUGUGGAGAAGAAAGGUGCCAACAAGACAGAAUUCCGCUACCCCUCCUACGUCCAGCAUAUCAUGGGGGACAUCUUCUCCCAGGGGUUUGGGCCUUUCCGCUGGAUAUGCACGUCAGGGGACCCACAGGACCUGGCUGUCACGGAUCAGCUGGCCACGUCUGUGCUGGAGGAAGCCAUUGCUGAUGGAGUGAACCCGGCUGUGAGACUGCAGUAUGUGGACAACAUCCGCUGGAUCCGGGAGGCCGCCAGGCACCGGCUGGUGGUGGGCUCCCAGGCAAGGAUCUUGUACUCAGACCAGAAAGGCCGUGUGGCCAUCGCAGUGGCCUUCAACCAAGCCAUCGCCUGUGGGAAGAUCAAGGCACCUGUGGUCCUGAGCCGAGACCACCAUGAUGUGAGUGGCACAGACAGCCCUUUUAGGGAGACAUCCAACAUUUACGACGGUUCUGCCUUCUGUGCAGACAUGGCCGUGCAGAACUUCGUGGGAGAUGCCUUUCGAGGCGCCACCUGGGUUGCUCUUCAUAACGGCGGAGGUGUCGGCUGGGGUGAGGUGAUCAAUGGAGGAUUUGGCCUCGUGCUGGAUGGGACCCAGGAGGCUGAGCAGAAGGCCAAGAUGAUGCUCAACUGGGAUGUCUCUAAUGGAGUGGCUCGGCGCUGCUGGGCUGGGAACCCAACAGCCUAUGAGAUCAUCUGCCAGACGAUGCGGGACCACAAGGGCCUGGUGGUGACGCUCCCACAGAAGGUGGCGGAUGAGCGCAUGCUCCAGCAGGCCCUGCGCCCGUGAGGGGAACCCGAGAGCCUGCCUCAGUCCCCUCGGCCUCUGUGUCCCCGUCCUCACUCUCAUAGUCACACUGCCCCUUUCACCGCACACCUUUGUGUCCUAGGUUAGGAGUUUCGCACACAGGCCCUCAUUCAGAGUUGUGCCACUACCAUCUCCAUGUUACAGGUGAGCCAGCUACCCCAGGAGAGAUGGGGCCAUUUGUCCCUGACUGCUGGGGACCUGGGAAGACAGCCACCCUUGUCCAGGGCUGAGUCCCCCAGCCUGGCACAGAGAAGACCCAGGAGCUUUUGGGGGGGCACGCAUGCCAUGAACAUGGGGCACCGCCCAAGUCCCUGCAAAGCCCCUGCCAGUCCUUCUCCCACCAAGGGGGCAGCGUUUCCUUUGUCCUGGUUCACGAGUCACUCUGCCCUGUCCUUCAAUCUGCACAGCUAUCUUUCAUUUGCUGGUCAGUCCGAUGUCUGUCAUGUGCUUUCUGCACCGCAGCGCCCCCCGCUGCGGGACCGGAGGAGCCCAGCCAGACGCUGGGCUCAGAGGGUGGCGGGGGAAUGGGGAAAUAAAGGAUUAAUUAGAAGGUG